AUGACGGCCGGGGCAGGUUUCCAGUCUGUGGCUCCGAGCAGCAGCGCUGGAGCCUCAGGAGGGGUGGGCGCGGCGGCUGCCCUGGGCCCAGGUGGGACUCCGGGGCCUCCGGUGCGAAUGGGCCCGGCGCCGGGUCAAGGGCUGUACCGCUUCCCGAUGCGCGGAUCCCCGAUGCGCGGAGCGGCCCAUCCGAGACCAGGUAUGCUACCAGGCAGCCGAACGACACCUCAGGAACCUUCCAUGGGACUCCCUGGCUAUGAGGGGAGCCUUUCAGUCCGACCUGGCCUGGCCCAGUCAGGGAUGGACCAGUCCCGCAGGAGACAUGUUCCUCAGCAGAUCCAGCAGGUCCAGCAGCAGGCAGUCCAGAAUCAGAACCACAGUACAAAGAAAAAGAAGAUGGCUGACAAAAUUCUACCUCAAAGUAUUCGUGAACUGGUACCAGAAUCCCAGGCCUAUAUGGGUCUCUUGGCUUUUGAAAGGAAACUGGACCAGACUAUCACGAGGAAAUGGCUAGAUAUCCAGGAGGCCUCGAAACGUCCCAUCAAGUCAGCCUUGUCCAAAUAUGAUGCCACCAAACAAAAGAGGAAGUUCUCUUCUUUUUUUAAGUCGUUGGUGAUCGAACUGGACAAGGACCUGUUUGGGCCAGACAACCAUCUGGUAGAAUGGUACAGGACCGCCACUACCCAGGAGACAGAUGGCUUCGAAGUGAAGUGGCCAGGAGAUGAGAAUGUACGGUGUACUGUCCUGCUGAUGCUGGAUUACCAGCCUCCUGAGUUUAAAUUAGACCCUCCUCUGGCUCGCCUGCUGGGCUUCCACACCCAGGCCCGUCCAGUGAUCAUUCAAGCACUGUGGCAAUAUAUUAAGACGCAUAAGCUCCAGGACCCACCUGAGCGGGAGUUUGUCAUCCGUGACAAGUACCUCCAGCAGAUCUUUGAGUCUCAACGUAUGAAGUUUCAGAGAUUCCCCCAACGGCUCCAUGCCUUGCUUAUGCCACCAGAGCCCAUCAUCAUUAAUCAUAUCAUUAGUGUUGACCCGAAUGAUCAGAAAAAGACAGCUUGUUAUGACAUUGAUGUGGAAGUGGAUGACACCUUGAAGACCCAGAUGAAUUCUUGUCUGCUGUCUACUGCCAGCCAGCAGGAGAUUGCUACUCUAGACAACAAGAUCCAUGAGACAAUAGAAACUAUCAAUCAGCUGAAGACCCAGCGAGAGUUCAUGCUGAGCUUUGCCAGAGACCCUCAGGGUUUCAUCAGUGACUGGCUUCAGUCCCAGCGCCGGGACCUCAAGACCAUGACCAAGGUGGUGGGUAACCCGGAGGAAGAGCGCCGAGCUGAGUUCUACUUCCAGCCUUGGGCACAGGAGGCCAUGUGCCAAUACUUCUACUCCAAGGUGCAGCAGAGACGACAGGAAUUAGAGCAAGUCCUGGGAAUCCGAAAUACAUAGGGCUUCUCCCACAGCCCUGAUUUGGCUGCACCGAUUGCUUUAUUUGGGCCCUGUGCUGCCUGCCUCAUAGCACCUGCCUUGGUCUUGCUUGGGGCCUUCCAGGGGAUGCUGUUGGCUCUAGGACAACACCAGAAUGAAAAGGGUCU